GAAGAAAUAAGAAAGAAGGUUUUAACGCGCUCGCGCAUCGUUCUGCAGCCUACAAUUUAUUCUCAUGUAUUUUCUUCAAACAUAACAGGUACGAACCAUGAGAUGGCAUUCAAAGGCAAAGUGGUCGACUCGAAGACCGUCCUCUCCAACCUGCUGCUGUGUCUGCUGAUAUUUUACGCUCUUUUCUACAUGAUUGGGAGCGUGUGCUUCGGUGCCUUCAGGUUGGAUCACUUUGACGGAUUGAUUCCGUUUGACUUUAAGACCAAUCUUGCUGAAUCCAACUCCAAAUACUUGGUGAACCUGCUGUCCUUGGAGCUCACCUACUUUUGCAGCGGCCUUUUUUUUGCUGCAGUGGUGAAGAGGAGGGUGUGGGACUACGCCCUCACGGUCACACUUCUGCAUGUUCUGAUCACCAGUCUAGGUGAGCAGAAAUCCAAACACUGCAUCAUCCCGGGCACACAAAUAGAUUAUUGUGUUAUUUGUUUCUGUGUUGCAGUUAUGUGGGAGUUUCCCACGGUGUGGCAGUGGUGGCUGGCUUUAGGUAGCGGCUUGUUUCUGAUGAUAUGCAACGGUCAGCUGAUCGCUUACUUCACCUGCCAGAGUGACCAGAGCUUCGUCUCCUUCAGUAUCUACUGACAGAGAGCCGCACUGUGUAGGAAAUGUUUCUAAGACCGGUCCUGUGAAGUGAUGUGAAAAGGAUCCGACCGGGUCAUCUCGUCCUGGAGACACCCACUUGGUUCUCACCAUUGAUGGUUUUGUGUUGGUCACUAUAAAAACAGACUCCUCACCAUCACACAUCAGGCUGAACUGGUUUCAAUCUGUGUUUCAGUGUUUGGUUUUAUGUAAAUGCCACAAACUGAUGUUCUCUGGAUAUUUCUCGUGAGGCACAAUGCCGCUGUUACUGAGCAGGUUUUACAGCAGCCUGUAAAGUAUUUUUCUUUUGUAAGCUGUGAAUGUAAAACAGAACAAAAAAGUUGCAAUGUUUGUAAGUUUGUUUUAAAAUAAAGCUGCUCCAGAUUAUUUCUCAUCAAUAAACUGAUGCUGAAAAUAACUUAUUACAUAAAAUAUACUGUAACUUCAUGAGAACUACAGUAAAAGAAUUUGCUGGCUGAAGUGAUUAAAAAUAGACUUUUAUGAAAUAAAAAAACAAAUAUUAA